GCGCCAUGGCUUGCGGCGCCACUUUGAAAAGGACUCUGGAUUUCGACCCGCUGCUGAGCCCGGCGUCCCCGAAGCGGAGGCGAUGUGCGCCAUUGUCAACCCCGGCCUCGGCCGCCGCCUCCUCCUCCUUCGCCGCCGCUUCUCCGCAGAAAUACCUGCGCAUGGAGCCCUCGCCUUUCGGAGAGGUGUCGUCCCGGCUCACCACAGAACAAAUUCUGUACAACAUAAAACAGGAGUACAAACGCAUGCAGAAGAGGAGACACUUAGAAAAUACCUUUCAACAGACAGAUCCUUGUUGUUCUACUGAUGCACAGCCACAUGCAUUUCUCCUCACUGGACCAGCUUUGCCAGGUACUUCAUCUGCAGCAUCAUCACCAUUGAAAAAAGAACAGCCCCUGUUUACUCUCAGACAAGUUGGAAUGAUCUGUGAACGUUUGCUGAAAGAACGUGAAGAGAAAAUCCGUGAAGAGUAUGAAGAAAUUUUGACCACAAAACUUGCAGAACAAUACGACGCGUUUGUGAAGUUCACGCAUGAUCAGAUCAUGCGACGAUAUGGAGAACAGCCUGCCAGUUAUGUUUCAUGAAUCACACUUUCUGCAUAUGUGGGCUGCCCUAUACACCCUGUUUUAUUGUUGCAAGCUGUCCCAGUAAAGACUUGCAGCAAUGCCAUAUUUUUUUCCCCCUGUGAACACAGGUUAUUUCAAGCUUUUGUCAGUGGCAACCACUCUUAUGCAGCAACUGGUUUUGGAGUGCUCCCUGAUGUCAGUACCACCUGGAUGUGGACCUUUGCUACCUGUAAUAAUACCAGUGGCCUCAUUUGCUGUAUCAUUACAAUUUGGCUUCUUAUGUUAAUAAGUUUGAAAAAGUAAAGGAUUAAAGCUGGUGUUCUAGAAGUUGCCCUUCACUGGUUGUGUAAAUAAAAAUGUAGAAUGACA